GGUUGUCUUACGGAUAGUACUGUUUGGUCGCGACGCGUGGGAUUGCCCACCCUGCCCACCGAGCUCGCAAGUCUGAAAGAGCUUGAGGAGCCUGGAGGGAACCGCGAGAUGAGGUUCCUCUCGGGGCUUUUUCUCACUCACCUGACGUUUAUUUCCGUCUUCUCGUUUCCCAGAAGAUUAGUUUCCGUGGUUCGCCAAUGGCCCCCCCAAAAAAGAUUUGUGUUCCAUGUCUGGUGUAACAUUCCUGGAGGCUAUGAGAAAAGGCGGGGGGUUUUAGCUAAGAUGAGGUUAAGAUUGGCUUUUCUCCGUCUUCACUCAUAGUGUUCUCUUUUUCCCUUAGCGAGGUUGCAUUGGCAUAGUUCUGGAAGCCGCCAGCUCUGUUCAUAAUGGCGAUGGGCAUGGGAGAGGGCCG